AUGCUCAUGGGUAUUGCCCCGCUUAGGCCUUGCCUCCCUGGAAAGGCUAUUAGGGCGCAUACUGCAGAGAAGAACAACACAAUCUCUCGCAUUUCACAGCUUGAAGGAAGGCUGGAUGGACUUGUCUCUCAACUGGAACGUAGUCGGGUAUUACCUACUGAUGCGAAAUCGUUAUCUCCACUAUCGUCUGAUGAAGACCUGUCAUUUUCAACAAUUGCCCCUUCUUUACCGACCCCAGUCUGUGGUUUCGCCUCCGAGGAAUCUCUUGUUGAAUUCCGUGAAAAGAUGCUGAAGUACUUCCCAUUCAUGGAUCUUCCUCAUGAUGCAGAUUGGCUCAAAUGCCAUCGACCUUUCCUUUCGAAAUGUAUUCUGUCUGCAACAUCUCAGUCCACGAGUACAAAGCUUACACUGGGAGAGCAAAUCAAGAAUGAAUUGAUCCAACGCGUAUACAUCAACAAUGAUCCAAGAACAGUCAACAUCGAUCUACUUCUAGGUCUUCUAACAUUUAUAGCUUGGGGCCAUGACAAUCUGCUUCAUAAAACCGCCGUUAAAAUCCCACGCUUCACUCAGCUAGCCAUUGGACUGGUUUUCGAUCUUCGUCUCAAUAAACCGCAACAAGAGUCACAUACGCUUCCGGGAAAGACAUGGUCAAAAACCCAAGAAAAUACUCUCGAAGAAAAGCGAGCUGUGCUAGGAUGCUGGAUGAUGAGCUCAGUGGUAUCUUCUUAUCUGAAGCAAAUUGAUCCUCUGCAGUGGACUCCGUAUAUGGAUGAGUGUCUGGAAACUUUGGCGAAGAGUCCCGAGUCGAUCAAUGAUGAAAUCUUCAUGCAUCAAAUCAGGCUCCAGCGGGUAGCUGGGGAAGUUGAUGACAUGAAACAUACAGGAAAAUUUCCGUUAUCGUUUUAUAUUACGAGUUUUCGACACCGCAUUGAUAUCAUCAAAUGCAAUAUAUCUCCUAUGGUGCUCAAAGACAGAAUCCUCCUUUCAUCCCUUUACUAUGCUGACAUGAGCAUAUAUGGCAUUUCUCUCAAAGAUAAAAGUGGCACAAACCCCCAAAGUCUCGGCUACCUCUACAUGUGUCUCCAAACAACCAAAUCCGCGAUCGAAAACUUUUUCGAAAUUCCAAUCAUAGAAUGCAUUGGACUGAGCUUCACAUUUUUUACUCAGCUUGCGCGAACAAUACUCAUUCUAUUCAAGCUCUCUACCUUUGAGAAUGAAGCUUGGGAUACGAAAUUCGUGCGAAAAGAAAUCGAUGUGCUUCAGGUACUGGACCGGCUAUUGAAGAUUAUAGAUGAAGCAAAAUCGAUGAUAGGUUCACAAGGGGAUGAUGGCUUUCUGGAUAGAGCCGCGACUAUCUUCGCUACAGUCAAAUCGUGGUGUUUGUCAAAGCUGGAACCGGGGGAUGUUACGGUCAACGAUAUGGCAUCUGAUGCUACCUGUGAUUUCAUACCCGAUGGGAACUGUACACCAGAGGAUUUUGUUCUGGAUGAUGCUUGGUUAAAAGAAUAUUUGAAUCUAUGA